AAGCUUUAUCUUUGUCAUUUGUUGUCGAUGAUACUUAUGAUAUCAGGUUCUGGAUAUCAGAUUUUAAUGGAUUUCUAAAGAAAUUAAUUUUAGAUAUGUUCGACAGUCCUUUCUCCAUAUCCAGUAUCCUGGGCCUGCCCUCUAAAAACAGCACAGACGUUGCCGGGGCAACACUGCCUCACUCCCGAUCCCAGCAAGACAGGCACUCCUACAAGAUACCCUACGGUAGCGACUACGGCACCGCCAACAAAACUCUGAUACAGCCUCCAAAAAGGAAAGUCACGACGACAAGCAGCUCGUCGUCCAGUUCUCGGAAGCUGGCGACAACAGACGACAAGAAGACGAAGAGGUUCAGAUCCUCGUUCAGUACGGAGCAGUUGCGGACCAUGGAGGACACGUUUAGACACAGACCUUAUCUCAGCACCGCUCAAGUGGAGGAACUUGCUGGUAACCUCGCCCUGAGCAGUCGCCAAGUUAAGAUAUGGUUCCAGAACAGACGAACCAAGUUGAAGAAACAAGUUACCCCUGUUUCCAUGAACAAUCCCGCCGGAAUGCCUAAAUAUCCCAAUGCCACCGUGUCCCAGUAUCUGUACUAUAUUCAGAGCAGCAAUGCUAACAUCAUGAACACUCUUAACAGAUACAGUGAUAGGAGGUACUGAGCACAUGUCACGUCACAUGUCACGUCACAUGUCACGUCACAUGUCACGUCACAUGUCACGUCACAUGUCACGUCACAUGGCAAUGAAACGAUUAACGGAUUCAUACGAUUUGCAUUAUUUAUCGAUGUUAAUAGAUUGCGAGCGAUUCAGACUUUUUCAGUUUUGAUAAAAGAUACCAGAUUCAUAUGAUAUGAGAGUUACGGCUGUAGUAUCAAAAACUGGAUUUCCGUGAGAAUGUUCCGUAAUUUUUGGAAACAUAUCCUGAAAAUUCAGUUUUCGUUUAUGAUAAUCAUGUUACUGCCGUAUCUUUCAUUUUGUUGUCAAUGAAGUAUAAUUGUAAAUCUGAUUUGAUGCUAAUGGUAUGCUUAUAUCCAGGCAUAUUGAACGACACACUUCUUGUGCCCUUCAAUUUGUCAUUCAGUCAUUUGCUUGACUUGAAUGAUACAGACUUUUAAUAGCAACUGAUAUAGACUUUUAAUAGCAUUCCAUCAAUAAAUCGUUAGUCCAAGUCUAGAUAAUGCGUAUUGACAGUAAUUAUAAACUUGGUAUAAAGUUUCUAAUAGUAGCUAUUUGCAAACAUUGCAAUACAGAGAUCGUGAUAUUAUGAUGAUCGUGAUGGUAAUGUGAUUAUGUUGCGGUGGAGGAUUGAUAUACUCUUCAAGUAUACCGUGUCUGAUUGGAAGCACCCGUCAAACCUUUUUGAAAUUAAGUUUUGAGAUGUUAGUGAAUUAGGAAUAGUGAAUGAUUUUUAGAGAACAAUAAUUCUGUAUUUAAGUAUGAGUGUCUCUGAAAGAGCUGUUACAGAUUACAAAUUACCGUAUUUCCUUAAACUUUGUACAGAAUUAUCACA